AUCCAAGGUAAACAAUGGCCGAUCCUGUGAAAGAAAAUGGAUAAAUUUGAACAAUAAAAGGAUGUGAACUGGGGUAAAUUUCAAAAUGAACACAAAAAUAAAAGCCCGGGUUCUGGAGUCUGUUGGUAGACCUGUUGGAGUUCUUCCACUUGAUCCCAGACCAAAACAAAACAGACGACUGCCAAGGAAAGCCAUUAAUGAACAUAACUCCACCACAAAUAUUAAACUUGGAGAGUUGAAAACUGGAAGAUUUACUAGAUCAAACAGUGUUGGGAACUCAGACAGUGUCAAGGUCACUUCUGCUACCUCCACAAGGUCAGCAGGGUCAACAAGGUCAAGGUCAGGCAGUUCCAGUCGGACGAAACCGAAAGUUACUCCACCGAAGGCUAGUUCUAGUCGAAACCCCCGUACAGGAAGUACCGUUAGUGAUGUGUCGUAUUACGGAUCUGAUUCGGAUAACGAAGGUCAAGAUGUCAAGUUUUUUAAUAUGCCAAGUGCAAGGUCACGACCUUCAACAUCAUUGGACGGCCCUGUUGAGAAAAGGUUAUUAAAUCCUGAUUACAUUUUAUCCUGUUCACAAGAAAGUGAUUAUAAUAAUGUUUAUGAAAUAAUUCAACAUGGUGAAGAGAUAACUGAUAUUUCAAACUUACAACAGUUUAAGAAAGUGAAGAUAUUAGAUUUAUCGUGUAAUUUUAUAGAAAAAAUUCAGAAUCUGAAUGAUAACCUGGAUAUACGAGAAUUAAAACUAUAUGAUAAUAGAAUUAAAGUUAUAGAGAAUUUAGAUCAUUUAAAAGAGUUGAGUUGUUUGCAGUUACAACAUAAUAAAAUACGAGCCAUUGGUAAAGGUUUGAGUCAGUUGAAGAAAAUAAAAACGUUAAGAUUAGACAGUAAUUUAUUGUUAAAGUUAGAAACGUCAGAUUUUAUAUCCUGUGUUCAGCUUACCUCCCUUGAUCUGAGUUUUAAUAUGCUAGAUAACCUUAGUGCAUUAAGUUAUUUACCUAAUUUAGAAGAACUGAGUGCUAGUGGAAACAGAUUACGGAAAGUCAAUGAACUUUCUCGUUGUAAAGGAUUGGUGGAAUUAGAUCUAUCGAACAAUAGAUUAACAGAUUUAUCUGGCUUUACUAAUCUUACACAUCUACAGAUUCUAAGAUUGAGCAACAAUCAAAUAACAACAUUAAACAUGUCUGGUAAAUUAAAAUCAUUAGAAGAGUUGGAUGUGUCAGCUAAUAAAAUUAAAGAGUUAUCUCCCCUCCUAACAGCCGUCCCGAACUUACAGAUUUUAAAUAUAAGUGAUAAUAAUAUAUCUAUUUGGGAUCAAGUGCUAUCUCUAUCUAAACUAGGAGAUUUAGUAGAGUUAUUUAUAUCAGGCAAUCCGUUUAGUGAAGAGAAUGGAGAGAAACCUGGCUAUUUUACUGAAUUACAGUCUGUUAUACCACAGUUAGAAAUCUUAGAUGGGGCUCUUGUAAAGAAAUUAAUAGGUAAAGCUACAGCACCUUUAAUGAGACCAAUGUCUGCUUCUACAGUUGUAAGUGUAAGACAGAUGGAUAAUCAACUUAAAGCUGUGAAUCAAGAAUUAGCAGAAUUACAAACCAGUAUUUCAAAAAGAUUUGAGUCUUUGCGAUCCACAUGUUCUAGUUUACCAGCUGAAGCCCCUCCCUCCAGUGCCCGAAGUAUACCUGUCCCUUCCCCUAGUGAGGAACCUGAAUUCCGCCCCUGCAGUAGUAGUCGAUCCAGGAUCAUGAUGGCUCAACAAUAUGCAGCUUCACAAAAUUUUACUUGAAUGAUGGUUAGAUAUACAUACAAAUCCUGCUGAACGGGCUAGUUUUAAACUAGUUAUACCACAGUUAAGCAUGCCCACUUGUUUAUACAAAGAAAAAAAUCAAAGGAAAUUCUUGAUAUCAUGUAAUAGACUAUUUUUAGUAUAAUACAACUCAAGAUGUUAUAAUAUAUUUAUGACAGUUAUAAUAUAUUUGAGUGAUGAUAUAGCAUGUAUUUUAAUGGUAAUAACUGUUAAAGAGGUUGUAAAGAGGUUUUCUAAACUUUUAAAGUGUAUCAGGGACACUGAUAGUAUUGAUUUGCACAAUGCCAUUUUCAAUCAGACGUCUGUGGUUCCUGCAAUUCCACUAAAACUAAGUGUUUGAUGACAUCACUAUGCUUUAUAGGAUCAAAUACGUCUGAUUAAAAAUUUAAAUGGUGCAAAUUGAUGCUAACAGUUUUCCAUAUACACAUACAAAAUUAAGAAAACCUGUUUACACAAUCUCUUUAAUUGGCAUAUUUAUUGAAUGUAUAUUUAUUAAUUGUUAUCUAUUUCAAUGUCAAUAUUUUAACAUUGUACACAGUGUGUGCCUUACACAAUACUUACAAUAUACUAUUGUAUCUUUUCUUAUUUUGAUCCUCCCCGGAAAACAAUCUUUGAAAGGUCUGUGCUGUUGUUUUGGCUGUAUUUGCUUGACAUGUCUGACAUUUUGUAUAAAAAGGAGUAAAUUUGACAGAUUAAUCCAUAUUUUUACAAUGAAUAUUGGUAAAGAAUCACAUUUACAAAAUAAAAAGACUAUGCUCUGUACAACAAAAAGUUUUCAGUUCUUUUUCUAUUUAUAAAAAACAACUAUAAACACCAAACUGUAUUCCUGAAAAGAUCUUAGUGCUAGGAUGUCCUAAGGUAUUAACUUCUAACACU